GAAAAGGAGACCGGGAUGCAGUACUAAACAACGAGGUUGUCCUGACAAAAAUGAAGGUUUUUAACAACUUUCGUGCAAAGCUACCAAGGGGCGAUGACUCCAUCUCCACGAUCUCAUCUGUGUCGGUUUCUGAUCAGGAAAUCAUGGACCCCAUCACGUCCUCUGAGCCAAAUUCCCACCCCAAAGACAWUUCUGAGCACCAGCAGGCAGAGUCGGGAUCAGGCUACCUGACUGGUAUUUUCUUAGACUCUCAGCUCCCGAGGUUGUACAAGUUUGAAUCGGAGGACUCUGGAGUGGAACUACCCAGUGGAGCUAACUCUCCGUCGACCCCGACGGGCUCGGAGCAGAGCUUUGUGGUCCACAGUCGAGAGUCCUCUUGUGUUUCCUGCAACCUAAACUCAGACCCUACUUCUUCUCCUCAUAAACWAAGUACCAGUUCACGAAACUCUGACAUUAAGGAGGUAAACAACUUUGAUGAGAUUUUGAAUACAAUGGUAGGAGAUCAAAACAUGUUCAAACAGGGAGAGGAUUUCAGUCCUUCAUCAGCUGUGGUAAAACUGUACCUGGGUGAUGACAUGGACCAAAGCAGGGCUUCAGGAAUGAACUCUGAAGGAGGCAACAGAGAGAAACUGGAUCAGUUUGAAGAAGCUGGUGCUUUAACUGAAAGGACUUGUUCUGAGCAUCAGAAGCUUGUUGAGGAGUCCUCUGGAACAUGUGAGGACAGGAUGAACAAUGAGACAAAGGUAAAAACUCCCAGACGGAGUUCCUCCAGUGACAGUUUGAAGGAUUACAUGGAUGAAUGCUGCAGACUUAGUGAGGCUGCACAGCAGAGCUCCAGCCCUCUGGGUUCAGGUUUAGGUUACUUGGAGCACAUCUGCCAACUGCUGGAGAAGAUCGGUCACCUGCAGGAGCUGAACCUGCAGCUGCAGAGACAGCUCUGCUCUCUGCAGAAGGAUUGCAGGAUGGGAAAGACAAAAGAGGAGUUUUUCCAGCAACAGUGCAGCUGUGGUGCAGCCACCUUAUCAUUCCAGAAGAGACCCUGUCGAAGUGAGUUCUUGUCCUCAAGUGGGACAUUCUCUGACCUGUCCACCAUCCCAGAGGUCAGCCGCCACUCACUAAUGUCCACCAGGAGAGACAUAAGUAGUGAAAGUCUGACAACUAUUCCACUGUGGAGGAGAAGUCUGAAUCGAAGGAGUUACACCGAGGGGGAGGACUGCUUCCUUGGAGACAACACAGAAGGGCUGUCCACCCCCCAGCGCAGGCUGAGUGACAACUACACUUGGGGCAGAGUCAAAGACAUGGUGAGGAAAAGUAAACUGASGAAUCAGAGCAGGCUGGGACUGUCCUCCACCUCACUAAAGAUGUCCUGUCCACAGCUGUACAGACCUGACCUGGAUCCAGUGGAACCUGGAGCAAGAAACAGGAACUCUAUGAUUGCUUUGGGCCACCAAAGCAAAAUGGACUUCUGGAUUCCAUGACAGUCCAGAUCAGAUUGAAAUGGUCUCAAAUAAAGAAGACAACAGGAAGUACCGAGGACACCGGGGAAAGAAACCGUUAAAAAAGAAAGAAAGUUAAAAAAAGACUCUUGAACAGUGGAUGCAAUGUGUGGCAGAGUGAAAGGGAUUGCAGUUYGUGAGACUUCAGUGUUUUUUACACACUACAACUAUAAAAGCAGAUCAAGAAAUUGAGACAACUUCUGCACGGUCAUAAUUAAAGUGCUACAUAUGUUCUCAGCUGAUCGUCAUUUAAACCAAGGUUUUUGCUAUUUUGUUCCUGCAAAACGUAAUGUGAAAUACACUGUUUAUAACUUUUAAAUAUGUUGUAAAUCCAUUGUGGAUGUACAGCAGACAGUUUGUACAGUGCAUGAAUGUGAAGCCGUGUAAUAGACGCUGGUGAGAUACCGUGUGUGAGGAAAAGCACUUUGUGCAGCUCCGGUGUGUGUUUUGUGCCUAUCUUGGAGAUAUGAGUUGCAGAAAACGUCAAACAGAAUAUGAAGCUAUACUGUACAUCAAGCUGGUGCCACGUCUUAUGCAACAUUUCAAAUAUUUUGCCAUCAGGAAAAAAAUCUUUCCAUUUGUAACUUUUAAUUUUCUGUAUGCUGUUUUCUAAAUAGACUUUGUCAGUCCUGUGUGUCACAUUUCAGCAACAAAAGGUAACAUUUUAGUCUUUUUUCAACACAAGCUUGUCUAAUAAACCUGACAUGAAGUUCUUCAACACUUUGACCUUUGACAGAUGUGAAAAACGCUGGAUGAGAAAAUCCAACAGAAAUAAUAAUAUACAUAAUUUGUUGGCGUCCUCCUUUAACAAGACAGUGAUGAAUAUAAAUCACUGCGCUUCUGUCCAAACAUUCAGCUGUAGGAGUUCCCAGUGCCCUGAAAUGUGAUACCUUGGGGGCUGUUGACUGAGCAAAAAUAUGCAGUGAGGUGGGAGUGAAAGCUCUGUCUGAUGUUUUUUAUUGUUAGUUUUUUUUUUUAUCAGCGUUGUCCUCCAAGAAACGCAAAACCAAACUUCAAGGUGCAAAAAUACGUGUGUUGUUUGGUUGGGUUUACUGCUGGGCAGUUUUUUUAAUUGUUUUUUUUAAUGAGGAAAUAGUAACCUUUUCUGCAAGUUUGUAGUUUACAGUUUACCAGAAACCUAUUGUAUUUUCAGCUACAAGCAAUGAAUACUAACAGAAUGUUUACUAUAAGGACAUUCAGAACACAUUUAUACUGAGAACAGCAUGAUUCAUUUAUACAGACUGUGUCAUGUUUGAAUUGGUUAUUUUGAGUUUUAAAGCAAAAUGCGUGUAUAAACAGGCAAGAACUGAAAAAGUGUGAACAUUUAUAAUUUUUUUAAAUUUUAACUUAAACAUAUUGGACUACGAUGAAGUAUUAGAGCCAGACUAAGAUAAUGCAUCUUCAAAAAUAAGAAAAUUAAAAUCUGCAAAUGUCACUUUUUUCCCCCACAGUAAGUUAAAGUGUCUUAAUUAUAUCUGACUAUAUUCACAGUUUAUUCUCUGUUUUGUCUCCAAUCAGUCACAAUUUGGUUUCAUUGGCUGCCAAUCACUCCCAAAAUUUCUCACACUUUGACACUCAAACAACCUAAAUUCAAAAAGGUUUAAGAUGGAUUCUACACACAGUUUCAGUUCUUCAUCAUGCUGUUAAUCAUGCAGUACUGUCUUUAUUAGAACAAGUGAUAUUUUAUAAGAUACUUGCUGUACAUCAAAAAUAAUGAGUAAAUGUAUUUAACGUGUCCUUCAAAGUGAUGUACCUCUUAUACGACAGACGUCAGUUUAAAAAGGGAUGUUGAUUUUAUUUGAAGACAGCACAGCCUCUGUGUAAAGUUUAUGUUUAUGUUCAGGAGGUCAGAUAACUGUGUAUCAGUUACAUGUUGCAGUACACAUWCUGCAGAAAUAUUGUAUAUCCAAAUGUAUUUUUCAAAAUAAAGGUCAUAAAUCAAA